CCGGGUCGGGUCGGGCCCCGGCCGCGGGUCGCUUUAGCGCAUCGUCAGCCAGUCAAUCAGUCCGUGGAGCCUGCCCGCAGCCACAGGCGGACAUGCGUCGUCAGCUGGUCGUCUUCGCGGCCCUCGCCGUCAGCGCGGCGCAGGCGAGGAACUACGAUGUUGUGCUAGAGAGUGUGGAGGGCUACGUUGCGAACCCAGAGUACGUCGGCGCCGACAGCCUCAUGAGGAUCCGACGAACGGACAAGUCGUCGCUGCCCAGCAUGACGCACUACAUUCACUUUAUCAAGGAGCUGCCCAACAUCACUACGGUGGAAGUCAUCAUCUACGAGAAGCGAGACAACCAGCUGGUGCCCAGCUGGCUCAAGUACAAGAACAACUUCUGCGAGUACGUCAACAACGAAAAGCGACCCAUCUUCGACGCGCUGGCCAAACUGUAUCGCUUCACGUGCCCCCUCGUGGGCAUGUACAAGGUGGACAACUGGCGGCCGGACGAUCACCUCCUGCCGCCCGUGCUCCCGGGUCCCGACCGUAUGAUGUUCGGCGUACGAAUCACCUGCGACACCACCAACAUCCUCAAGUACGGCGUGCUGUUCCAAGUGGACCGGUCCAAGGCGGUGCGAGGGGGCGGACGAGGACCCGGGAAGGGAAAGGGAACAUGA